CCCAAGAUGGCGACGUGCUGAAUACCACUGUUUUGAUCUUGCGUAUGGGACGAGAAUAAAUAACUCGAAUGUCAAAGUCAUAUGAAGAUGUUUUUUAAUGCGUAGGCGAGAAAUGAGACCGCUCGUUUCGCGUGAAAAGGGAAUACACAUUUUCCUCGUUGAGUUCUAAAAUUUUAUACAAAAGAAAAUCAUGUAUGAAUAAUAAUAAGGUCGUGCGAUGGACCAUUACGCGCGUGUCUUCAAUCCAUACAUAUACAUGUGCUUAUGAUGAUCCUUGAUAAAUAAAAGGAAACUCAAGACAGCUGAGAGCAGUUGGGGACGGAUUCCGGCGGCUAUAAUGAGAAUCUGAUGUCGCAGUCAUCGUACUGUGCGAUAAAAACGUUUAUCGGCACUCGAACUGAGAAUUCGACUAAAAAAUAAAAAUAUGAAGAAUUAUGAGGUUGGAAGAAAUGCCUUUACGUAUGAGCUCAGACGAGCGAAAUUUCGAAAUGGACGAGGAAACUGACUAUCUCCUACCGCCGACUGAGGAUAGUAUGAGACCUCUUAUCACGAGAACUCGUCGAAUAAACAAUUGUUCAAGAUUCUUCAAGAACUUUCUCUGUGGAUGUUGCACUUGGAUGUGGCGAAGAUGCUGCAGGAAACGAGAAUUACGCGCAAGGACUAUCCACAUUGGACAACCGAUGCAUGAAAAAUUUCCUACCAAUGUUAUAAGAAACCAAAAAUACAAUAUCAUCACAUUUUUACCACUGGUCCUCUUUCAACAGUUCAAAAUAUUUUUGAAUCUUUACUUCCUGAUUAUGGCGAGCUCUCAGUUUAUACCGGACAUCAAAAUUGGAUAUUUGUACACAUAUUGGGGGCCCCUAGGCUUUGUACUAACUGUCACUAUUUGUCGCGAAGCCGUCGAUGAUUUCCGACGCUACAAACGAGACAAAGAAGUCAACGGUCAAAAAUACUACAGGCUCGUCCGAGGCUCCGCUACUCCAGAAUCUGUACCCAGCUCGAAAUUAAAAGUUGGCGACAUGGUGAUAGUUGAAAAAGGCCAACGAGUUCCAGCCGAUUUGGUUUUACUUCGUACAACUGAAAAGUCAGGGGCGUGCUUUGUGAGAACAGAUCAAUUGGAUGGUGAGACGGACUGGAAAUUACGACUCGCAGUUCCAGCGACUCAAAAACUCGAGAAUGAUUCGCAGCUUUUCGACAUAAAAGCUGAUUUAUACGUGGAAAAACCACAGAAGGAUAUUCAUGGUUUCAUCGGAACAUUCACGAUGGAUGAUGGCUACAGUAGCGAAGAAAGCCUCGGUGUCGAUAAUACGCUCUGGGCAAACACAGCAGUAGCUUCUGGUUCGGCUCUAGGAGUUGUUGUUUACACGGGACAGGAGACUCGAUCUCUUAUGAAUCAUUCAGCUCCGAGAUCAAAAAUUGGGUUACUCGAUCAAGAAAUCAACCAAUUAACAAAGGUUCUCUUUUGUGCCGUUCUUGGAUUGGCUCUCGUGAUGAUGUGUUUGAAGGGCUUCAACGGUCCUUGGUAUCGAUACAUGUUCCGAUUUGUUUUACUUUUUUCGUAUAUAAUACCGAUAAGUUUGCGAAUCAAUCUCGACAUGGGAAAAACGUUCUACGCUUGGUGUAUACAAAGAGAUAAAGAGAUAAAUGGAACUGUGGUACGAACGACAACGAUACCCGAAGAACUUGGACGUAUAUCGUAUUUGUUGAGUGACAAAACAGGCACUUUAACGCAAAAUAAAAUGGUCUUCAAAAAAUUACACCUUGGCACCGUGUCUUACGUACAAGAAACUUUCGACGAUAUCACAGCUGUUUUAAAAAAUUGUUAUUCAACCUCGAGCUCUGAAAAUUCACCCACCAAAGUCAAUGUAACGGUACUAUCUGGGGGCAAAGUCAGACGCUCCGAAAGUACCAGAAUUUACGAUGCCGUUCAUGCUUUGGCUCUCUGUCACAAUGUCACACCCGUUUAUGACGAUAUGGCUAAAACUAAUAUUCUCGAUACUGUGAGCGUGGAAACUGGCGAAACAGGAUCAAUACAGAGUCAAACCGAAUCUGAUCAACAUUAUUAUCCGGAACAAACGCGAAAUUAUCAAGCCUCAAGUCCUGACGAAGUGGCACUGGUGAAAUGGACUGAAGAAAUGGGCCUUGCUCUUUUCAAACGUGAUUUGAAUACGAUGCAGCUGAAGGCGAUCAACGGGCAGAUAUUAACUUACACGAUUUUACAAAUAUUUCCAUUCACUUCGGAAACCAAGAGAAUGGGAAUAAUCGUCAAGGAAGAAACAAGCUCCGAAAUCGUGUUUUAUUUGAAAGGUGCUGACAUUGUUAUGUCAGGCAUUGUACAGUACAACGAUUGGCUGGACGAAGAAUGUGGAAACAUGGCGAGAGAGGGUCUUCGAACUUUAGUGGUGGCGAAAAAGAGUUUAACCGAAGAACAAUAUCUUGAUUUCGAAACCAGAUACAACGCAGCCCGAAUGUCUGUGAGCGACAGACCCUCAAGAGUUGCCGCUGUUGUUGAAAGCCUUGAGCGAGAAAUGGAAUUAUUGUGCGUAACUGGAGUUGAAGAUCGUUUACAGGACCGAGUAAGACCAACUUUAGAAUUGCUGAGAAAUGCUGGAAUAAAGAUAUGGAUGUUAACUGGCGAUAAAUUAGAAACGGCAACGUGUAUUGCAACGUCUUCUCGACUCGUCUCCCGCACACAGGGUCUCCACGUUUUUAAAUCGGUUGUUACAAGAACAGACGCACAUUUGGAAUUGAAUACAUUCCGUAAAAAACAGGAUUGCGCUUUAGUUAUAAGCGGAGAUUCCCUGGAGGUUUGUUUGCAGUAUUAUCAACCGGAAUUUAUGGAACUCGCUUGUGGCUCUCCUGCCGUCGUCUGCUGCCGUUGUUCGCCGACCCAAAAAGCGGAAGUUGUCACACUUAUUCAGAGACAUACGAAAAAAAGAACGGCGGCUGUUGGUGACGGUGGAAAUGACGUUUCGAUGAUUCAAGCUGCGGAUGCUGGCAUUGGCUUGGAAGGAAUGGAAGGAAGACAGGCUUCACUGGCCGCUGAUUUUUCCAUUCCUCAGUUCAGUCAUUUGGCAAAUCUCUUAUUGGUCCACGGGCGCCGGAGCUACAAAAGAUCAGCGUCUCUCAGUCAAUUCGUCAUACAUCGUGGUCUUAUAAUCUCCACGAUGCAAGCAGUAUUUUCAGCUGUUUUCUAUUUGUCUUCAGUCGCUCUUUACCAAGGUUUUCUAAUGGUUGGAUACGCUACGAUAUACACAAUGUUCCCCGUGUUUUCACUGGUUUUGGAUAAAGACGUUUCCGGCGAAAUUGCGAUACGAUAUCCGGAACUAUACAAAGAACUGAGUAAAGGACGUUCUCUUUCAUACAAAACCUUCUUCAUGUGGAUACUAAUUAGUAUUUACCAAGGUGGCGUUAUUAUGUAUGGUGCUCUGAUAAUGUUCGAAGACGAAUUUAUCCACAUAGUGGCGAUAAGUUUUUCAGCUCUAGUUCUCACGGAACUAAUAAUGGUAGCCUUGACGAUUCGCACAUGGCAUCAUAUAAUGAUUAUUGCUGAAUUGAUCUCCCUUGCCCUGUAUUUACUAUCCCUCGUCGUUUUGAAGGAUUACUUUGAUGCUGAAUUCAUACAAACGACAGGAUUUCUUUGGAAGGUUUUAGUGAUCACGCUAAUAUCGUGCAUGCCUCUCUACAUCCUGAAAUUCUUACGAAAGAAAUUUUCACCGCCGAGCUAUUCAAAACUGACGUAAACGCUAACGAUAAGAGUAUUAGAAGAGAAUAAAAUAAUGAAAUUAUGUAUUUAUACACGAUUACUCAACUACGAAGAAAGAAAAUAUGUCUAUGGAGAUUCGAAAUUUAUGAGGUUACUAUUCAAAUGAAAAAUCGUUAGCGUUACGAACAUGGAUUUACUGCAUUUUUUAGAAAUCAUUUGGACAAGACGAGUGAUAUUUCCUAUUCGUAACAACCCCAUAUCGCUUUUUCGAAAAUCAUUUUUAUUUUUUGCAAGUAAUCUGCAUGAACGAAUUUCUUGAUUUACUGUAAAGUUCAUAGAUGUUUGUUCGACGAGCUUUGAGACUCGACGAGAUAAUAAUGCCUCGUGAAAUGCUGCUGUGAUUUUGAAGAAAAACCAUAACAACAAAUGAUUUAGUAGAAACACUUUAUUUUCCUUCGAUUCGAUUCGAAUAUAUCUACAAAGCAUUUUUUUUAAAUUUAUUACGUAUUCAUACUUACAUUAAUUUUUCAUUGGUCAUAUCCAUGAAAUUUUUUUUUAUGAUUUUCAAUCGCGAGUUGCGAGAACAAAAAUGAAAGUACGAUUAAAGCUCAAAGAAAUGUUGAAACCAUUCUCAUAAAAAAUCGUUUACCCUUCGCUAUUUCGGAAAGACAAUAAAAGUGUAGAUUGUCGCGAAAA